AACUCCGUGGCAAUGAUUGUUUUGCCUGCAUGUAGCCGUUGCUUCUAACGGAUAGCUCCACAUACCUUUUGUUUGCUGCUUUUCAUGAUUUUCAGUUGAGUUAUGCGUUCUUUUUACCCUUUUUGUUGUCAUGUUCUCUUCUACCAAUAUGUUCAUAUUGUACAAAUGAGGCUCUGAGGUUAGCUCUUGGUUAUAAGUUGAGAAAAUUUCAUAGAUAGCGAUAGUUUUGUCCCUAAUUAGGAAACAUAGUGAUAGUUUGUGUAUUUACAAAACGUAGCAACAAUUUGUUUCAAAUUUAGCGGAUAUCUUGUAUCUGCACACAAGCGAAAUACACUGUAUCUGCGCGCUUACAAUAUCUCUGCCUAACUGAAAAUCGCGCGGAUACAAGAUCAACUUAAAUACACUUUAAUACUCUUUACAGUCAUCCCAAAAAUGUCACACAUACAACUUACAAGCAUGCAACAAUACACUUUACAUUCAUACAACAUACACUUGUAUGUCACUAUAUUUCAGUGUAUCACUCUUAUAUUUUAUGAAAGCUGGUCGUUGUGCAACUGCUUGAUUGUCUUCUAUUUUAGUGGAUAUCCUUUGAAGAAGGCAGAAGCAUAUGCUUCAUUAAGAAAGUAAGUUCCAUCCAUCCUUUGCACUAUGUAGUUUCAUUGUCAGGCAUGCUCGCUUUCUCUUUUGCGGCAUUCUCUGGCCUCUGAAUAUCUACUUUGACAUGCAUAAAUGAUCUUUUGACUGACAUCGCCAAAACUGCUAGCACUAGAGAUUGUAAGAGUCCUGAAAAUUUUAUUUACUUAUGCAAGAUUUUGGUAAAUUUGAGGAUUUCGUUAGCAUGCAUGCAACAUUGAUGCUAUAAUUCAGCCAAUGUCUAUAGCCAUAUAAAAUCACAAGAUUGUCUGUCUGAACAUGUAUAAACAGCAAGCUUAAAGUUUUUGAUGUCACUGAUCGUCAAUCUCCUUCUCUUUUUUAUCUUUUGGCUUCUCAAAUUUGAUAGCAACAUAUACUAUGCGUCAGGGUAAACUCUGUUGUUUGUGAUUUAUUCUUUUGGCAAGCGAUAAAUGAUUGGCUGGCAGAUCUGAAUCAUUUGUUAGGAGUUCAGGGAUAGUAAACAAUGCAGGAUAGACUUAAACGAAAUUAGAAAAAAAUGGAAGUAACAGUCGUUUUGCUUUAACUGUGUUGUUUUUUAGUAUUCCUUAAUAUCUCCUUCAAAUCUGGAUUUUCCAGAAAUUAUUGUUGAUCUGUUUGGCAAUCUUUUCUGCUCAGAUGAAGGUUUGGUAUUCGUAAUAAUGCCCACUGUCUGAUCAUAUUACUUUUGUAUACACAAGGUCCCAAGAUCAAGAAGAUCUGAUGCUGUUGAGUGGUGAAGCUCCAAGGAUAAAUAUCUUUUGUAAUGAUGAUAAUUUGGCAUCUUAACAGAACCUUCUUUUUGAUCCCCUGUAAAUGUUGGAAAGAAAUAUCCAACACAAUUAUAUAAACCUUUGCCAUCGUGGACAACUUAUGAUGCUAUAUUAUCUCCUCUGUCUUAGGCCUUUCCUUGUGAAUGAAUUGGAGCCACAGUACCUUCUUCAUGAUCGGAGGAAAGUAUACUAGUGUCUUGCGAUGUUUGGAAUCCCUGUGCCAAGGUAUGGUUGCAUUCACAGAGAAGUACCUUGCUGGCAUUUGGGUUAUUUUGUUGAAGAAGAUGACUUUGUUGAAGUCAUGGGAACCGCUUUUGGAAACCUUUUGUGGAAAAGCCUACUGUUGAUGUAAUGGAGAAAAUAGGCUCAUUCUUCACAUCCAUUUUGCUGCUUCGUGAACCAAUUCGGGAGUUUUUGCAGGAAGUUUCGAGUACAUAUAGAAGGACAGUGGUUAUUAAUGACUCAGGCAUGUCAUGGGUAGUUCAAGAUGCAGUGUCAAUCCCCAAUACAGAAUGCUACUGUUUCCAUACAAUUUCUGUGUUCACUGCUCUGUCAUUCGCCUGUGAAACUACGAAAAAGCUACUUCCGUCUCCGGUGGCUGAGAUAAUUGCGGAGCUUCCUCCAAGGGAAAAUACAUUUGAUUCCGAAACCAUAGAAUACAUAAAGAUGCAGCGCGAGUCGAGGAAUUUUUACUCAGUUGGUCUACACAAUUCUUGUAAAGAAAUCGAAGGUGUUUUCAUUGAUUUGCUGGAAGUACAACGCGAAAACAAGCAAUGGGCAAUUGGUCCAUUAAAUCCAGUGAAAAUUUCAAAGAAAAAAAGCUCCGAACAAACUCAUGAAUGUUUUUCAUGGCUUAAUAAGCAAGAUCUAAAUUCAGUGAUUUAUGUUUCGUUUGGAUCGACAACUACAUUAUCGAAAGAACAAAUUAACGAGCUGGCAUUUGGAUUAGAACAAAGUGAGCAAAAAUUCAUCUGGGUUCUUCGAGGAGCUGACAAAAAAGGUGGGGAUAAUAUUGAAAAUGUCGAAAGAGGAAGUAAUUUUGAUUUGCCAGAAGGAUUUGAAGAGAGAAUUAGAGAUAAGGGGGUUGGGUUUAUAGAGAAAAAUUGGUCACCCCAAUUGGAAAUCUUGGCACACGGGUCAAUCGGGGGAUUCAUGAGUCAUUGUGGAUGGAAUUCAUGUAUCGAGAGCAUUUCAAUGGGAGUUCCAAUGGCAGCUUGGCCGAUCCAUUCAGAUCAGCCGAGGAACACUGUGCUGAUAACAAAAGUACUGAAGAUCGGGAUCAUUGUGAGAGAUUGGGAAAAUCGAGAUGAAUUGGUAAGUGCUGCGAAAAUUGAAAAUGUGGUGAGAAAUUUGAUGGGUUCUGCAGAAGGAGAGGAGCUGCGGCGGAGAGUGACAGAGUUGAGCAGUGCUGUGAAGAAGUCAGUGAUGAAUGGCGCCAGUCGCAAGGAGAUGGAUUCCUUUGUUGCUCAUAUUACCAGAUGAGUUCACAUUUAUCAGCCUUCCAUUGAUGAAAUUUUUUCCAGAAAUUCAUUUUCAGCAUCAGCAGGUAAUCUUCCAGCAGCAUCACAGAUG